AUGAAGUUCUCCGCCUUCACCAGCAUCAUUGCUCUGGCCACCUCGGCCUCCGCCGUCUCUGUCGGUUAUGACCAGGGAUUCGAUGAUGGCAGCCGCUCUAUGCUCUCGGUAGCCUGCUCCGACGGGUCUAACGGCCUUGCUAGCCGUUUCCCCACUCAAGGAAACCUCCUCGGUUCCCUUACAUCGGAGUGCGGCUCUUGCUGGAAACUCACCUACAAUAACAAGUCCAUCUAUGUGCUUGCCAUCGACCGUGCCAGCAGCUUCAACAUUGCCCUCGGCGCCAUGAACGACCUGACCAACGGUAACGCCGUUGGACUCGGUAGGGUCGAAGCUGCCGUUGAGCAGGUCAACAAGUCCUUCUGCGGACUCUAA